AUGGUAUCUACCACACAAUCGAGGUCUUUAAAGGCCAUGGGGGAAGAGAUCUGGAAGAAUAAGACAGAAAAAAUUAAUACAGAACUAUUUACGCUAACAUAUGGUUCCAUCGUGGCACAAUUGUGUCAAGAUAAUGAGCGGGACUUUAACAAAGUGAACGAUCAUUUGUAUAGCAUGGGCUAUAAUAUUGGGUGUAGACUUAUUGAGGAUUUCUUGGCCAGGACGGCGUUGCCACGCUGUGAGAAUUUAGUGAAAACAAGUGAAGUACUAAGUAAAUGUGCAUUCAAGAUAUUUUUGAACAUCACCCCCAAUAUAACGAACUGGUCGCACAAUAAGGACACGUUUUCAUUAGUCUUGGAUGAAAAUCCAUUGGCUGAUUUUGUGGAGUUGCCUAUGGACGCUAUGAAAUCGCUCUGGUAUUCCAACAUAUUGUGUGGUGUUUUGAAGGGGUCGCUUGAAAUGGUGCAGUUGGAUUGUGAUGUCUGGUUUGUGUCGGAUAUCUUGAGAGGCGACUCUCAGACGGAGAUCAAGGUCAAGUUAAAUAAAAUUUUGAAGGACGAAAUACCGAUCGGUGAAGAUUAG